AUGGAACAAAAUUUACCAAUAAUUGCCAAGAAAGUAAGGAGUUUGGUUCGUGUCAUCUUCUUCAUGUUGAGGAAAGGCAUUUCCAAAAUUAAAUUCUUCGCUGAUUUGAACAUGAUGAUUAACCGUGGCAAGAUCGCCGGCAAAGCCUUGCACAACCUUCUUUUCAACCACCACCACAAUUGGGUUGCUUCCACCUUCCACCGCCAACCACACCACCUCUCCUUCCCUACGACACCACCAGGCGAAUACGAAUUCAGCUGCAAAGACACGCCUCCUUACCCACUCUCCCUCUUUUCUACCCACAAGAAACACCAAAACAAACAUCACCGCCUGGCAACUCCUCACGCGCCUCCGCCUCCUGAUGCCAAUGACGACAUAAUCAUCAAUGCUGCGGUUAUGAAGGCCCUGGAGAUGCUGACAAGCACCACCGCGUCGCCGGCACUGCCGGGAUUUGGGAAGUCUCCGAUGGUUAAGCAGCUGAGGAUAACAGACUCACCUUUUCCGUUAAGUAACGGUGAGGAAGAUGGUCAUGUGGAUGAGGCUGCUGAGAAGUUCAUAAUGAGGUUCUAUAACAAUUUGAAACGGCAAAACUAA